AUACGUCCCCCGCUCAGAGCAUCGUUAAAAUGCGUUCGAGUGUUGAACCGAGCGUGCGCACAAGAGAGCUCUAACAGACUCUGUUGAAUAGCAAUUUAUAGAAAGAAAAAAACCCUGGGAGGGGAUAGAGGUUGGGGGGGAGAGAGACAGUGGGAGCAGAAAUAAUUUUCCCCUCUUAGACUGUGAGAACUGAGAAGAUCGCAUUACUGCAAAGGAGGGAAUUUUUUCCUACUCUUUCCCUUGGUGAAGGUACAAUCGGUCUUAUUAAACUUGCUGCGCUACAGGCUCUGCUCUCGGUCAGUCAACUGGACAGUGGAGCCGUCCGUUCGCGUGUGCGUGUGUUUGUCUGACUGUAUUCGGCGGCAAUGGGACCUUAGCGGAACGAGUUCUUGUGAAUAUAAAGAGGAGUAACUAAGCGCACAAACAGGCAAGAAAACACCUCAGUACGGAGUAACUAUGGAGAAGCACCGAGAACAAAAUCUGUAACGCGUGGAAACCACUGAAAGGGAUUUACCUCGGAGUAUUUAGCCCGCUUGCCUUUAUUCAUAAUAGUGUUUUUUCUUUUUUCAAAAGGAUUUUUUUUUGUUUUUGUAUUUUGUUACACCGGCGGAGGCAAGUAUGGACGGCAGGGAGACGCGAUUUUGCUCGGGAUGUUGGAGAUGGGUGAUGCUGUUCAGCUUUCUCGCUCUGCACUUGAUUCCUUUGUGUGCGCAUGGGAACUCCUUGGGGGCCAACAUCACGGAGUCAGAGAACAACGUGAACAUGUCCUCGCUGUCUAACAGGGAGGAGGAGCAGACAGCUGGGGUCAUGGGGUCAGCCAGCCCUGUUUUCAUGACCCUGAGGGCCAUCAGGAAGCCCAGAGGUGGUGAGGAGCUGGGCAGUGGCAUGCUGGGAGAAGGCAUCCCCUCACCCACCGGGAGCAAGAGCCCGGAGAUCAGCCCGGAUUCAGCGGAGAAAGACCACCUCCUGGAGGUGGGCUCUGAGGGCGUGGGCGCCAGCCUGCCCACCCCGCCGGCGCCCCAUGAAGCGGCUGAUGUGCAUCUGGAUUUCAAGGGCGAGAAGGACCAGCUGUCACACACCGACCCGCCCUGGCAGAGCGUCAGCGUGUUUGACCUGGACCGCCAGCCACCCAGUCCCACCCCUGCCUUGCCCCCCUCCCAGCCCGACGUCCUGACCGUUGACUUCUUCGACCCUGCCUCACGCCGCCGGUACCUAGACCCCUCUGUGGACCCCGCCGCCCACGAGCUGCAAGGACGCAACCCCACCUCCUUGGAGCUGCCCGACGGCUACGAUUACACCACCAACUAUGAGGACAGCUACUCCACCACCGAGAACCAGUACACCACCACUGACAUGCUGGACGAGAGCACCCCCACGCCCUUCGACAUGCGGUCCUCUGAUGACAUGCUGCCCAGUGGGGGGGCUGAGGACGAAGAACCCCCCCCUGCCCCGGGGGUGGUGGACGCCACCAACGGGUCGGACUGUCGCCAGGGCUACGUGCGGCACAAUGCCACCUGCCGCUCUCUCUGUGACAUCCUCCCAAGCUACUGCUUCAACGGUGGCCAGUGCUACCUAGUGGAGGGGACAGGAGUCUUCUGCAGGUGUAACGUGCAGGACUACAUCUGGCACAAGGGUUCCCGAUGCGAGUCAGUGAUCACGGAGUUCCAGGUGAUGUGCAUCGCCAUCGGAGCGGCCGCCCUCAUGGUGCUGCUGCUCUUCAUGGUCAUCGUCUGCUUUGCCAAGAAGCUGCACCUGCUCAAGACCGAGAACAGCAAGCUGCGCAAGCGCAGCAGUAAGUACCGCCCUCCCUCGGAGCAGCACAAUGAUAAUUUCUCUCUGUCCACCAUCGCUGAGGGCUCCCACCCAAAUGUAAGGAAACUUUGCGACACCCCACCUACCCUUCCUCAUGCGCGUGCUUUGGCUUACUAUGAUAACAUUAUCUGUCAGGACGAUCCUAAUGCCCAGAACAAGCUGGAGGACCCCGUGAAGUCCCCCCCGCCUAAGGAGGACGAGCCCCUGAACAUCCAGAACUCGCUCACCCCCAAACAUGAGAACAACAAGGCGGCGUGCGAGGAGAAUUCCUCGGAGGUAAACUCGCUGCAGAACAACAUGAUGUAGUACCGCACCCCACCACACGCCGGCGCCACCGCCCCAGUCCCCCCCGUGCCCUUCGCUGCCGUCACCGCCACCGCCAGAAACUCGAGAUAACCGCCCCCCCUUGCACCCACUCACGUCCUGCCCCGGUCCGCGUGCCCCUAGCCCCGUGUCACCGUCCCACCACACCCCCCCAGCCAGGCUCAGAUACCCUGCCCUGCCUUACUGAAUAACGGCAUGCGUUGGUGUAUUUUGUACAAAAGAAAACGAUU